GCUGCUGCUGCUGCUGCUGCUGCUGCUGCUUUGGACCUGGACGCAGAGGAAACUUCAGGGGACCAACAUGUCGCUCACCUCCAUUCUUUCAGCCGAGGCCAUUGAAAACGCUGUCAAGGACUGUCAAGCUCCAGACUCCUUCAGCUACAAGAAGUUCUUCCAGCUGUGUGGCCUGUCCUCAAAGACACCCCAGGAGGUCAAAAAUGUCUUCCAGAUCCUCGAUGAGGACAACAGCGGCUACAUCGAGGAAUCUGAGCUCAAGUACUUCCUGCAGCGGUUCGUCCCUGGAGCCCGAACACUGACUGAAGCAGAAACCAAGAGCUUCAUCUCAGCAGCUGAUGAUGACAAUGACGGCAGAAUUGGAGCAGAGGAGUUCCAGACUAUGGUCCUGUCCUGAGUUUUGCAGAGGAAAGGAGCUUAAGUCAUCAGGUCUUCGGUCACUUCCCCACUUCUGGAGUCUUCUUGUCCCAGCUUCCAAUCAUUUUGUUUGUUUACUAUUCAAAUCUGUGUGCACUAAUUGUUUUUACAUGACCUUUUCUCAUUUUAAAGACAAGCAGCUUUUAAUGUGUCUUUUCACUGUGUUGGUCCACAUAUCUUCUCUGUACACAUCUCACCUCUGACAAUAAAUGAGAUAAAUAAACAUGUGGAAACAUAAA